CAUCUUGACACAAUCCUCGGGUUAGUUUUUUGGAAGCUUGUCAGUAGGUGGUAGUUUCGUUUGCGUUGUUCUGAAGAGUCUCACUUUAGCCGACAAGAUGAUGAAAUACGGAGGAGAGGAAACUCUGGCGGAUCACUCAGCCUGUGCUGGAGUCAGAGCAGAUUUGAAAAUGUGUUUACUGAAAAGUGACUGCUGCACCAAGGAAAAGAAGACCCCGAAAGAAUGCCUACGAAGGACUGACCACACUGUGCCAGAGGAGUGCUAUGCUCUGCGGAAUACAUUUUUUGAGUGCAAGCGGUCAUUGCUGGACACCCGACAGAGAUUUCGAGGACGAAAAGGUUACUAGUGACAACUUAUUAAACAUUUGAUUUGUAGAAAUUUGCUUUGCAUAUAAACUAAUUGUUACACAAAUA